AUGAUACUCAAUCAAUUAUUGCAACUUGUCAUUGAUGCUGCUAAAGGUGAUCGAUAUCGACGUGAUGGCUUUGAUGUUAGUGAACCAUUGGGUGUUCUCGUAAAAAUGUUAGUUGUCGAAGAACGUACACUUGAUUAUGUUAUUUGUCAUGCUGAAACGAAACCACCCUCAGAUGUACAUUCAACGAUUCGUCUAUUUACCUCAUUACUUUUUAAAUUUGCUGAUGCAUUAAAAGGAACAGAUCGACUAGAACAAUUUACAUUGGUAGGCUUAUUAAACGUUUUCUGGAGUAUAUCAUUUCAACAGAAUUAUGCAUCCAUAUUAAUUCAAGAUGAAGAACUAAUAAAGACAAUCAACACAUUUAUUGAAAAAGAUGAAGAACAAGAAAUUCUCGAACAGUAUAAACAGCAAUCUAUGGAAGGUGUUAAAGAAGCAGUACUCGGCAUUCUACAUAAUCUUCAUCUUGAUAUUCAUUAA